CAAAAAAACAACCAACAAAGAUGGACGGUUUUCUGAGAAAGUUUUGGGAUUUACGAUCAACUUCUAGAGAUAAUCGAUUAUGUACCUCACCUUAAUGAAGAUAAAGGACGGUAUGUGCUGGAAUAAACUGAGGACGAGAUCAUAACAAAAGUAGAAACGCUGAAAUCUGAAUGACAUGCUUUGAUCCGUGAUUUACGCCUUAAACACAAAGGUGACAAAGGUGGACAGCAAGUAUGCACACAUAGUUACUGUGUAAAAUAUACAGGCCUUCUACAAGAACUCAUUUACAGAGAUGAAACUGUGCUCUUGUCUCUGUGUUGGAUUAUUUUAUAUCGCGCUAAUACCAUCAGCAUGGUCACUGACCAACUUUUACAACAAAUUCAUUCUGAGUAAACGUUUAAUUGGACACACUCUCUUCAACAUGACUGUCCGGGGACCCCAACAGUGCAUCGAGGAAUGCAAAUCUCGGAAACUCUGCAUGUCGAUCAAUUUUAAUAAGAGGAUGAUGAUAUGUGAGUUACGAACAUCUACUGCCAGUAAAUUUGCCGGGGAGUUGGUGGACGACCCGAGUUUUGAUUAUUUAGACAUUGGAGGCAUCACAUAUAGUACUGGAGACGAUUGUUUAAAAGCAAACCAAUGUGAUCCGGGAAAAUUGUGUGUGCAGUUAGGAAGCGGAAGUCAUAUUUGCAUUCCCGACAUUGCGCACGAUAGCUGCACUGCAGAGCCCCCGUACAAACGAGGAACGGCCAUUAACAUUACGGACCGAGCGGUAGGGUCAGUCUUAACUUACGAGUGCUUACCUGGAUAUAACGCCACGGGCGAUAACCCCAACACCACCUGUCUGAUAGACGGAUCGUGGACACCAGCCAACCUGACAUGUGACAACGGUAUUGAGACUUGCCUGGUAGAUCCACAAUGUUAUGUUCAGCAGGACUUUACUUUCGAUGAUUCCUUCAACAGUUGCUACGGGAACAUGUACAUAAAAAACUCCACAUACAACCCCGGGAAAUACGUGGGAAUCAUUCUAUGUAGUCCAACGAGAUACCACUUGUUCCUGAGCGACGAUAUAGACGGUAUGUUUUAUAACAUCGGAGAUGGAUCGGGUUCUGGUGAUGAUCACUGUGAAUUGAUUGGCGGAACAACAUCAACUGCCAUUGAAUCACCAGAUUAUGAAAACAGUCCCGAUGUACAAGGUUACUUUCGGUCAUCCAUGAACACACCCUUUCAAUUUGGAGAUAUUGGUUACCUGGGACCGUCCUACAACUGGUUUGGGACAUGGAUAGAAUGUGGGAUUACAAUCCCAGACGACGUGAUGGUGUACUGAAUUGAAGACAGUCAUCUGAACUGAAGAUUAUAAUCAAGCAUGUUUUAUGAAGAAACUCGUUAUCAAAAUUUAUUGUAGGUUGUAUCACAUGCAUGUAUACCCAAUAUCCUUUAUAGAAUAUACUUAGAAUGUUUAUUCAUUUCUGUACUACUUGGAAUGUUUAUUCGUGUUUAUUCAUUUCUGUUAGAAAUUGUACGUGUUUCCUAUUUUAUUUUGCUGGUUUCAUUUAGUUUGUCUGAAAUGUAUGAUAAUGAUUAAUGUUAAACCAUUAAACUGGUUACUCGAUUAUUUGAAUGAAAGAAAACACCACCAAUUAAUACAUGUAAAUAUAUUUCAUGAUGAUAGACAAAACCGUGGACAGCAAUGGCUAUCUCUCUGACAGUAAACAUUUAGAAAAGCUCUUUCUCUCAAACAAUAUUGCUUUGCAAGAUGAACUUGGUAAAAUACAGGCAUGUCUUUAAAUUGUAUAUUGAUGAAGGUUAGUUCUGAAUAAAUUAGUGGAUGUCUGAUAGAUA